CUCCUCCUCCCCCAACAUUUCCCAGGUGAGCGUCACAAAGGUUUGGUUCCUUUAGCCUGAGAGCAGAUUCUCAUUUUUCCUCUUGUGCCGAGUUGGAAGCUCGUAUUUUCUGCUGAGGAAAGUUAAAUCCUAAACUAAGAGCCAUGAAUGGAAUGCAGUGCAUCAAAUAUGUCAUGUUUGUCUUCAACUUCCUGUUCUGGCUUGCAGGUACCGGAGUUCUGGCUGUGGGAUUAUGGCUUCGUUUCGACUCCAGGACCAAACCACUGUUUGAAGGAGAAGACUCGCCCUCUGUCUUCUUCACUGGUGUGUACCUGCUGAUUGCUGCAGGAGGGUUGAUGAUGGUGGUGGGAUUCCUGGGAUGCUGUGGAGCCAUUAAAGAGUCGCCCUGCAUGCUGGGACUGUUCUUCAUCUUCCUGCUCAUCAUCUUUGCUGCUGAAGUGGCUGCAGGGAUCUGGGGACUCUCCAACACACACACGGUGAUAGAGGAAGUUACAGAGUUUUAUAAGCAGACCUUUGACAACUACAAGACCACCAAACAGGAAGCGCUGAAGGAGACCCUCCGCCUCAUCCACUUUGGGCUGAACUGCUGCGGUAAUACAGGAAGCUUGUUCGAUGCUGCCAAAGACAUCUGUCCAAAGCAGGAAGGACUGGCAGUCCUCGUUACCACGAGCUGCCCAAAAGCCAUCGACGAAGUAUUCAACAACAAGCUGCACAUCAUUGGGGGCGUUGGGAUCGGUAUCGGAGUCAUCAUGAUCUUUGGAAUGAUCUUCAGCAUGAUGCUUUGUUGUGCCAUCAAGAGGUCCAGAGAAUUUGUGUAAACUGGAAAAAAUGCUUUUUUUUAAAUUUAUCAUGUUUGUAACCUGCUGCUUUUGAGUUUAAGCUAUUUUAAUUUGCUAGUUGGAUUCAUACAGGAUGACCACAUCGAUCUAUGAGUGUAUGAAGCCUCUACCGUGUUUAGGAUUUGCAGGAAGAUUAUUUUUGUACACAAGGCAGAACUGAAAUAUUUUGUGCUUUCAAAAUAAACUUAGUUUUCAUGAAGAGACAAAAGGUAACACGUAGGACUCGGUUUUUGUUUUUUAAUCUUAUGUUAAAAUCCAAUUUUGUUUUGUUUACAAAUGCACUAAAGGUUUAUGUGGUGUAACCCCACAUUUUAUUGUGGAUUACUAAAUAUUUUGACACAGUAUGAGAUUCUUUUUUUUAAUCAAGAACUGUGGAGUUGUAUGCAAGUAUGAUGAAUGCAGUUCAUGUUUAAGAUGUCAAAUAAGGAUCUAAUAAACAUCGAUUUUUGUGUUACAAAAACA